UGGCCACUGGGAGUGGGGAAUGCAAUCCUUAUCAUUGUCCAGCUCUGCUUUGCUGGGAUCAUUGUUAUAUGUUUGGAUGAACUUCUCCAAAAGGGAUAUGGUCUAGGAUCUGGAAUCUCCCUUUUCAUUGCAACCAACAUCUGUGAGAACAUAAUUUGGAAAGCAUUUAGUCCAACAACCAUUAAUAGUGGGCGUGGAGCUGAAUUUGAAGGUGCUGUCAUUGCAUUGUUCCAUCUGUUGAUCACUCGAACAGAUAAAGUUCGUGCGCUCCGGGAGGCUUUUUACCGGCAGAAUCUUCCUAACGUGACAAAUCUGCUUGCCACAGUCUUGAUAUUCCUGAUUGUUAUCUACUUCCAAGGGUUCCGGAUUGUUUUGCCGGUGAGAUCAAAGAAUGCUCGUGGGCAGCAGGGCUCUUACCCUAUCAAGCUGUUUUACACCUCUAACAUGCCCAUCAUUUUGCAGUCUGCUCUUGUCUCCAACCUGUACUUCAUCUCUCAGUUGCUAUACAGGAGGUACAGUGGAAAUUUCUUUGUGAAUCUUUUGGGCAAGUGGAAGGAGUCUGAAUAUUCCGGUGGUCAGUUUAUCCCUGUUGGUGGUAUUGCAUAUUAUAUCACUGCACCUUCCAGCUUGGCUGAUAUGGCUGCCAAUCCUUUCCAUGCCUUGUUCUAUCUUGUGUUCAUGUUAUCUGCAUGUGCACUGUUCUCAAAAACUUGGAUUGAAGUUUCUGGCUCAUCUGCUAGAGAUGUUGCCAAGCAGCUCAAGGAACAACAAAUGGUUAUGCCCGGGCACAGGGAGUCGAACUUACAAAAGGAGCUUAACCGAUACAUACCAACAGCUGCAGCGUUUGGUGGGAUUUGCAUUGGUGCAUUGACAGUGUUGGCGGAUUUUAUGGGGGCCAUUGGCUCAGGGACUGGAAUUCUUCUUGCAGUUACCAUCAUUUAUCAGUACUUUGAGACAUUCGAGAAGGAAAAAGCUAGCGAACUUGGCUUCUUUGGUUUCUGAACUUGAGAUUUUCUUUUUCCAUGAUAUUAUGACUGUAAGGUAAUUACAAAAUAUGAAUAAAAUUAUCUUUUGGUUGAAUUGUUAGUAUUUUUAUUUUGCUUU